GGCGCGCUCGGCGCUUGCUCCCUGGCUGGCGCUCCUCAGUCGGCCGCUGCCUGCCUGUCGCCGGGCUGGGAGCGCCUGUGUGUGUGAGUGACGCGGCGGAGGUGUAGUUUGACGCGGUGUGUUACGUGGGGGAGAGAAUAAAACUGCGGCGAGAUCCUAGGCGCGAACGAAAGCAGUGACGGAGCAGCCUGGUAACCGGUAACUAAAUGACCAUGGAAUCUGGAGCAGAGAACCAGCAGAGUGGAGAUGCAGCCGUUACAGAGGCAGAAACCCAACAGAUGACAGUACAGGCACAGCCACAGAUUGCAACGUUAGCCCAGGUAUCUAUGCCAACAGCUCAUGCAACAUCUUCUGCACCCACGGUGACCCUAGUUCAGCUGCCCAAUGGGCAGACAGUUCAAGUGCAUGGAGUAAUUCAGGCUGCCCAGCCAUCAGUUAUUCAGUCUCCGCAGGUCCAGACAGUUCAGAUCUCCACUAUAGCAGAAAGCGAAGAUUCACAGGAAUCAGUAGACAGUGUCACAGACUCACAGAAACGAAGAGAAAUUCUUUCCAGGCGACCCUCCUACAGAAAAAUUUUGAAUGACUUGUCCUCAGACGCCCCAGGAGUGCCAAGGAUUGAAGAAGAAAAGUCCGAAGAGGAAACAGCAGCACCUGCCAUCGCCACUGUUACGGUGCCAACUCCCAUUUACCAAACCAGCAGUGGGCAGUACAUUGCUAUUACCCAAGGAGGAGCAAUACAGUUGUCUAACAAUGGCACAGAUGGGGUACAAGGUCUCCAGACGUUGACUAUGACCAAUGCAGCUGCAACCCAACCUGGCACCACUAUUUUACAGUAUGCACAGACCACAGAUGGACAACAGAUACUUGUACCCAGCAACCAAGUUGUUGUACAAGCUGCUUCAGGAGAUGUGCAGACCUACCAGAUUCGCACUGCCCCUACCAGCACCAUUGCACCAGGCGUAGUCAUGGCAUCCUCUCCAGCACUUCCAACCCAGCCAGCAGAAGAGGCCGCACGGAAGAGAGAAGUGCGUCUAAUGAAGAACAGAGAGGCAGCACGUGAAUGCCGCAGGAAGAAAAAGGAGUAUGUGAAAUGUCUAGAAAAUAGAGUGGCCGUGCUUGAAAACCAAAACAAGACACUGAUUGAGGAGUUGAAAGCACUUAAGGACCUUUACUGCCACAAAUCUGAUUAAUUUUGGAUUCCCAUUUUCACUUGUCCAGGUGGGAUAGAGACUGGUUCUGGCUAUACCCAGAAAGACAAAGUAAACUUUUUAUUUUCUAAACAUUUCUUUUUUUCUAUGCGCAAAACUGCCUGAAGCAACUACAGGAUAUACUUCAUCUGUGCUUUGCAUCAAACUGUGAAUGUUCAAGUAUUUGCCUCCACUUCUCCCCCUACAAGAUUAUUUUCAUCAUCAGUCUCAGCGUGAAGAAGGAAAACAGGCUUUUUUUCUCGUCUCCCCAUCCACUUCAAGGAGCAACAAUGGUCACUUGGGAAGUUACUUUGGGGAAGGUUCUUUCCUAACGAUUUGAAGAAUUUGUGCUGAGCUCUUCCCAUUGCCUUAGAGACAGAGCUACCCCAGCCUCUAGGUCCGGAGAACUGUGGGCCACAUAUGUGGAGCAUUCAUGGUGCAAUGAAGAAGCAAUGGUUGCCAAAUUGGUUUCACUUGUUCAUUAUGAACUAUAGAAAUACACAGCUAAGCAGCAUGCCAAAUGAAAGGCACUCAACAGUCACAUUCUUGGUGUGGAGAUAACAUGCCUUUUGCAAACUAGCCCAGGAAGGGUUUUUAUUUGUAUUCUGUAUUAAGCCCUCCUGGACUAGUAAAAAACUCCAAACCUCAGAAACACCUCACUAGUUGGUUUCUUCUUGAAGCUUAUGUGUUGCAAGCAUGUUCAGCAUUCUGAAUGGACAAAAAGGAAACACCAGCUUCAUAGGAUAUUGGUUGGGAGAUUGAGUGGGAAAGGAAUUCAGAACAAAAGGUAAAAUAGCGAUGCUUUUAAAACUGCCACAUAAUAAGCAAGGGUAACACAUGAAAGCACUACCUGUUGGUAUGCAGAACAGCUAAGCAAUUGAAGCAUGGCCAAACUCCACAUAUAUGCUCCCUGAUGACAAUAUAGUCUGUGUCCCAAGUCCUCAUUUCCCAACCACUAUCUUGUGUAAUGGAAAUAGUUGUAGUCAAAGGAAACAUCAGUCUGGUUUGCUAGAUUCCUUUUCAAACUUUGAGGCUGCGUAAAUUAACUACCGGGACAACCUCAAACACUGAAAAAGACUUCAAACACAAAUAUUCCAACUUCUGCUUCACAAGGGAAGAUAGUAAUUAUUUGAACCUGGCCAGGCUAGCUAAAUUCUUAAUUUAUUCUAUGGAUUUUUUCAUGUAAAGGGUCAGAUUUACUGAGUAAUUUAUUUCUCCAUGUAGAAUUACUCACGCUUCUAUUGUUUGCAAGAUGGAAUGUUUUGUGUGCACUGAGGAAAUACAAUCUUUCCCAGAGUUGCUUGUUAAAAAUGUAGUUCAUGUUUAAAUCAACUCUGUACUAAGAAAGGACUUAAAAAGAAUCAGGCUCAAAAAGAACCAAAAAAAGGAAUGUCAAGAAGGUGUCAAAAAGAAUCAUGUGCAGUUUGUUUACUGCCCUUCUGAUGCCAGUCCCUUGAUCUUGGGUCAUUUGAUGGAGUCAAGUUUACUUUGGGCUUCUGGUCAAACUUUUAUGUACAGUGAUACAGGAAUAAGACUCUGGUCUGUACUAAUGCCUUGCCUGGCAAAAGUAUGGAGAGUAUUUUUUUUCCAUGUUCACUCUUACCUGUUUUUAAGAUAAAUUUCAAACACAAGCUUCUAAAAUGGUUUUACAAUCCAUGUGAUGUUACAAGAACAUUUGGAAAACUCUGGGCAGCUGAGUCUCAAACAGCUAAACAGUGUUAGAAGUUCUACUUUUCUCAUUUGAGAGGGCAUUCAGUUUCCAAGAGACAAGAGUUUAAAAGCAGUAGGAUUGUUGUUAAAUCUCGAGUUAUCAAUAAUUUCAAAUUAUGUUUCUAUUUCAGGAAGAGAACGUGAGUAUCAGAAUUAUGAGACAAAUAACUUUCACAGGUUUUGAGGGGAUUUAUAAGUGUCUAUUUUUAUCUGCCCUAGAGAAUUGAUGGAUUUCAUGUUUUUAUUUAGUGGAGGAAGAAUUUAUUAGUUUAGCAAUGCAAAUUUAAAGAAGACCCUAAAUUCUUAGCAGUGUUUUUAUUAAAAAUGUCUGAUUCUUAAAAGCAGAGAAUACAAACACAUGCAACGGUUACCAGCUUUUCAGAUCUAAUGCUGAAGCAGAAAUGUUGCUAAUGCAGGAGUCGCUCUUGUAAAACAUCAGGCUCACGAUGGCCUUAUUUACACAAUGAUACACAAUGGUUCCUCCACCUUUGAGAAACACAGAAAAAGCUGCACAUGCCUACACUAAAGCUUUUUCUUUUGCAAAAACUUGUGGUUUUGCAGUGAACCUGAAUGAGGCUGGCUGUGAUCUGAGAGCUGUUCCUGGUGGGUAACAAGCACUGCGUAGCGCUUGCUGAUAGCCACUUGGCACAAAGCCUGGAUGCCGAAUGAAUCAGGGAGCCUAAAUUGGUACCCAGAGGGGGUUCUUCUAGUCUAGGGCUGGUGCAGAUUUCUGUGGCAGUGAGAGAAGAACCGUGUUACUGGUGUGUCUGCGUGGUCUGCAAGGAGUCCGUAGUGUUAUUAGUCAAGACCUCAUUAGCAGUUAAUGUUUCACUAAGAAAAAGAAAGUUAUUUUAAAGUAGGUAGGGAUCUGCAAGAAUCUUUAUUUUUAAUUUAUGCUGGACUGAGGAUUUAGGGACUGGGAUUUAUUUAAUGAAAAUUUUAAAUCACAGUAAUAAAAUAUGUCAGAGCAAGUAGAGGGCUGGCUAGGGUUACCCAUACUUUACUGUUCAUAUUGAUCCACAAAGGGAAGAAAUAUGACACAGGAAUGCAUUCACAUGUUACUUACUAGGUAGUGAGGUUGGGGUCAUCAGCUUUUUUAAACUAAGGCCAUUUGGAAGUAGGAAGGAAGUUAUGCUGGCAAGGGGAAGGGAGGGAGAGUUAGUUUUAUAUCUCACAGUUGUGAGUUUUCAAGAAUUGAUAGCCUGUUUUACCUAAAGAAAGGGUUAGAAAGGGCUAGAUCCAUUAUGCUCAUAAUAAACAAGAGUUGAUUUGAAAUAUAAUUUUUGUAAUGUCAUUAUUUUGCAAAACAACAGCACCGGUCAGGCAGUUAAGAUAUUGUCAGAGGUGCUCUUUUAAUUUAGAUAUUCUUGGAAAAUACAUAUGUAUAAUAUAUGUACAUAUAUAUAUAUAUACACACAGUAUAUAAUCUACAGCUCUGAGAGCUUUUAAGUCAGGAAUGCUGAGUAUUAUAGUAUAUGGAGGUCAAAAAAAAGUUUUUACUUUUCUGUGUGUGUCUGGGUGUGUGUGGAUGUGUGCGCGUGUGAAAGCUUCCUCCCGUCACAGUAGUUCUGGGCUGCAUUAUUCUAGCGCUUAUUGCUGAUUUGUUUUGUGCUGUUUUUCAGUUACUCAUUUUCAAGAAUUUUAUUUCAUUUUUCACAGCUUUUGUGAGGUUUAUUUUUGGGUUUUUUUCUUAUUGAUGGAGGUUUGUGAAAUGGUGUAAAACAGUUGUUUUACAACUACCACCCCCCAGAAUAAUUCACUUUUGUGCUUUUUCUCUUUGGCAGCUAUGUUAUCAAAGGCAAAGCAAUGGGAAGGUUGUUAAGGUGUUAUUUUCUAAAGGAACCACUGGUAAGACUUCGGUUUUCCUCCUGGGGUAGUGGCGAUGCAAUUUUAUUUAAGCAGCUAUUUCACCGGAAUCAGGUAGUUGCCAGCACCAUUGCCUGUAUCAGAAAGCACAUUUUUAGCUUGUCAGGACUGUACAGGUACCAAGAGGUUCUGGCUACUCUGUAGCUGAUAUUUGCAUUGUAGACCACUGUCCUCUUUGGUACUUGUACGUUGAUCAGAAAAUUUGUGGGGUGUUUGGAAUCAUUAAGAGGCUCAGGAAAAAAAAAAAAUUAGUAAGGAAAAACAGCCCUAAUAGUUUCUGAUCCAAACCUGU